UACCUAAUUUCAAGUCCACAGAGAGUUCUUUGUGACAGAGGCUUACAGGGUCCCUUAGUGGGGCAUAGCUCUCUAGCUGUGCAACUUGUGCCAGGGCUCCACGUGUUCUACAGAUGGCUGUAUACCGGAGUUGGCUUCUCAUGAGCUUCUUUCUCCUUGAGGUACUUCACUUGGAGGCUGCAAAAAUCCUGACUAUAUCUAUACUGAGUGGCAGCCAUUAUAUGGUGAUGAACCGUGUAACGCAAGUUCUUCAUGGAGGUGGCCACAAUGUGACCAAACUUCUUUAUAAAAGUGCUGAUAUCCCAGAUUUUAGUAAGGAGAAACCAUCAUACCAGAUUCUGAAUUGGCAUCCACCUGAAGAUCAGAACAAGAAACUUAUUGAUCGUUGGAAUCGACUUAUAGAAGAACUCAUUUAUAGCAGGUCUGAACAUCACACCCUUCUAAAGAUUAAUCGAUACUUUGGGGACUUAUGCAGUCAUUUAUUAAGCAGAAAGGACAUCAUGGAGUUCUUAAAAAAUGAGAACUUUGACCUUGUACUUCUUGAUUCAGUAGACAUCUGUGCUUUGCUGACUGUUGAAAAGCUUGGGAAACGAUUUGUGUCCUUUCUUUCAGUGCAAUUUAGUUUGAUGGACUCUGAGUUACCAAGUGUCCCCUUGUCCUAUGCUCCAGUGUAUGGUUCUGUUCUUCCUGACCAAAUGGACUUCUGGGGCCGAGUAAAGAACUUUCUGAUGUACUUUCAUUUCUCCAUGAAGCAAAGGAAAAUGUUUUCUCAAUUUGACAGCACUAUCCAAGAUCAUUUUGCAGAAGGCUCUCGGCCAGAGUUGUCUGAACUUCUACUGAAAGCUGAGCUGUGGUUUGUCAACUCUGACUUUGCCUUGGAAUUUGCUCGUCCCCUAUUUCCCAACACAGUCUAUGUGGGAGGUUUACUGGACAAACCUGUUCAGCCAAUACCCCAAGACUUGGAGAAUUUUAUCUCUCAGUUUGGAGACUCAGGUUUUGUCCUUGUGGCCCUGGGAUCUAUAGUGAGCAUGCUUCAGACCAAGGAGAUUAUUAAGGAAAUGAACAGUGCCUUUGCUCGCCUCCCUCAAGGGGUGCUUUGGGCAUGCAAGACUUCUCAAUGGCCCCAAGAUAUCAGUUUGGCCCCAAAUGUCAAAAUCAUGGAUUGGCUUCCACAGAAUGACCUUCUGGCUCACCCUAGCAUUCGUCUGUUUGUCACCCAUGGUGGGAUGAACAGUGUGAUGGAGGCCAUCCAGCAUGGAGUACCCAUGGUGGGGAUUCCCUUUUGUNCUGACCAACCUGAAAACAUGGUCCGAGUAGAAGCAAAGAACCUUGGUGUUUCUAUUCAGCUACAGACGCUCAAGGCAGAGUCAUUUGCGCUCACCAUGAAAGAAGUCAUAGAAGACAAGAGGUACAAGUCUGCAGCAAUGGCCGCCAAGAUUAUCAGGAACUCCCAUCCAGUGNCCCCUGCCCAGAGGCUUUUGGGCUGGAUAGAUCACAUCUUGCAGACAGGGGGUGCAGCACAUCUCAAGCCAUAUGCUUUCCAGCAGCCGUGGCAUGUGCAAUACAUGCUUGAUGUCUUCCUCUUUCUUCUGGGGCUCAUGAUGUGUACCUUGUGGCUUUGUGUAAAGGUUUUUGGUGUUGUAACCAGGUAUCUGA